AUGCCCAACCCUAAAGCCUGGCUCUGCGAACAGGUUAGAAAUAUAGAGUGCCAAUCACAUUUACGAAAUCAAUUUCAAGUCACCACCAUUGAAAAAGGAGGAAAACAUAAUAAUGACAAAUUCAAUGAAUUUAACCUCGAACCUAUACAUUCCAUAAUAAAAGCUAAGAUUAUUCAAAAAGACAAAGGCAAUCCUAUGAGCCCAAACGAUGGGCUUAUAUACAACAAUACAAAGGAAUUAUUAAAUAACAAAACAGGAUCAGGGCUGAUAUCCAAAUCCAAUCUCCAAAAAGUAAAUAUAUAUCAAGAUGCUACCACUUUAAAGUCUUCUAAACAAAACAAAUACAACCUCGUUCCUUACAGCAGUUUUGCCAGUUUUCUCCGUUUCAAUCGCUUCGGCCUACCUAGAGCGGGCAAAAGAAGAGUGUAUAAGAAUAAUUACGAUCGGCAUUAUUCGACGACUUUGCGAAUCGAAAAUGCUCCUCUCAUGGAAAAGAAACACAUUAAAACUUUUAGUUUGAUAGACGGUGAACCUGCAGAGGAAGACGAUACACACCACAUAGAAGCCAAAGUAGAGUUGUACCCUUUAAAACAAAACCUUUUUGAGUAUUAUCAAAAUUAUUAUAUCAACCGUAACAAUGCGCCAGGCUGGGAGGAUUCUUCCUUAGAUGAGAUCGAGGAAAAUGAUUUUAGUUCUUCCAGAAAUAUCGAGGAAAAUAGGAUCAGAAAAAAAGAAUCAGCAACUACCAUUUUUCCGGUAAUAAAUAAUAAUGCAAGAGAUAGAAACAGUAAAAGAGUUAUUAAUAACAUACCUCAUUCAUCCACGAUAGUCACUCAUGUAAGAGAUCAUGAUGCUAGAAAGAAAAACAAGGAUCUUAUUCAUAAUGAAUUCCUUUAUUUAUUAACUAAAGCUCCCCCAGUAAUAAAAAAUGAUAAUAGAGAGAAAAACAUUACUUACAUAUAUAAUGUUAGACCUAAGUCGAGAAAUAAUGUUGAGCCUCAUUUGAGCAACAAUAGGGCCAGUAAUAAUAAUGAUUACAAACAAGUUAGCCGUCAGUCACAAAUUGCUCAUCAGGCAAAAAAUAAUCGCCAAUCACAAGCUAAUAGCAAAUCCCAAGCUAAUGGCCAAUCUCAAGAGAACCGCCAAUCAAAAGACAACCGCCUAUCACAAGUUAACCGUGAAUCACAAAGUGAUAGAGAAUCACAAUCUAAUCGUGAAUCACAAGCUAAUCGCGAAUCACAGGCUAAUCGUGAAUCACCCACUAAUCGCCAAUUACAAGCUAAUCAACACUCACAAGGUGAUCGCCAGUCACAUGCUAAUCGUCAGUCCCAAGCUAAUCCCCAAACACACGCUAAUAGCCAACUGAAAGCUCGCCAGUCAACGACUCUUCAAUCCAAAAGUGUAAGUCGCGCUAUUUUAGUACAUGCAAUGAGAUCAGAAGUUAAGCCUAAAGCAGCACCACCUCUUCAAGCAGUUAACAAUCGUAUUCAAAACAGCAGAGUUCCACUGUCCCUUAGUCAAGUACCUAAAAUAUUUAACAAUUCCUCCAAAGUUAUUAAUAAAAAGACUAGUGUUGACAAUAUUGAAAAGGUACCUAUUACUAGAAGAAAAAUGAAUGAAGGACAUCAAUCGUUUGUGACCCCAAAACCUAGAAGAGUUGUGAGCGAAUCGCAUAAAAUAACAUUAUCCAAAUCUAUAAUAGGUAAAUUCACCUCUAAGAAACCAAUUACAGCGCCUUUAAAUAUUAGAGAAAAGUACGAGAAUAGAGCAAGGAAACCAAUUUACGAUGCAUAUGGAGAUCUCAUAGGACUCAGUCCUGUGGGAAAUACCUUUGAAUUUGCCGAUUAUUCUGGAAAGUCUUCAAAGGCUAAUUCAGAUUCCUUAAGUUAUAACGAUAAAAUUGUGGAUAAUGAUAAAAAAGAAUAUGAACAAGUUUAUAAACCUGACAUAGGGAAUAAAUUACAAUCUAAACCUGCCAAAGCAUUUCCAUCAUUUACAAUUCAAAAAACUGAAAAACCAGAGAUAAACGAAGUUACAAAUUCAAUUUCUUUGUGGACGCCCAGGAAUCUGAAUUAUGAGGCGCCCAAACAAAGCAGGAAACCUAACAAAUAUAGAAGGAAAAAGGUUAUAGAACUUAUACGGAUAGAAGAAAGCACUACUUCUUCUACUACAACUUCAACUACAGACUCGACCACACCUAUGUUAAUUUUCUCUGGAAAAAAAUCUGGCGGUUAUUUCAGAAACAUCAAAAAAUCAUCUCACGGGUCAGCAGCCUCAGUAGCAUCGGAUCCACAGUGUCCUUGGUGGUUUGCAGAGUGCAGAAUAAAAGAGUCUUUCAAUUCACCCCAAAUAAACUCCAAAAAUAUAGUAACAUCUAAUCAACCAGGCUUCUCAAAAUCCCAAGUAAAUUUUGGCUCCUUGGAUUUCUUACCUAACAAAAAUUCGGUCGCCUUUCCGGAUUCUUUUCAUAGAUCGAUAUAUCCUAAUAAUGUCAAAAGUUCUUCCUAUGCUGCUUAUGAUAAUUAUAAUAGAUAUGCUAAUACCAAAAGUAACAGUGGUCGCUAUAGAGUAUCUAAUUUAAAUAAUAAGAUCCCACAAAUAUUGAUUAAGGCAAAAUAUAGAACAUAUAAUAAUGAUCUUUAUAAUAAAGAUAUAAGAGAAACUGAGGAUAUACCACAU